AUGAUCCAUGUUAUUGAUACUCCUGGAAUAUUUGAUACACGAACUCCAGAGGAUGAGAUUUUGAUGGAGAUCACGAAAUGCGUCUUACUCACUUCGCCUGGACCACACGCUUUUCUAAUGGUACUUUCAGUCAGAAACCGAUUUUCACAAGAGGAGAGAGAAUCAAUAGAAAAGUUUGUUUCAUUUUUUGGCAAAGACAUAUUCAAGUAUUUUAUUGUUCUCUUUACUGGGAAAGAUGAUCUUGAAAGAAAUGAAUUAAGUGAGGAGGAAUACAUUAGUAAGGUACCAGAUCCACUGAAAGAGAUUUUGAGAAAAUGUAAUAAUAGGUAUAUAUUUUUCGACAAUUUUGCAACCGAGGAAAAAAAGAAUGAACAAGUACAGUGUUUGUUGGAUCUUGUAAAGAGAAACAUUGGUGAAAAUGGGUCGUACUAUUCAAAUGCUGACUUCAAAGCGGUUGAAAAAGCUAUGCAAGACCUAGAGAAGGGCGUUUCAUCCCAGUCAAAAGUAAAUUAUCGGGGAUGUCAAGCUGCAGUGGUGAAGGAUCAGAACGCACAAAUAAUUCCUCGGGACCCUGAGGAUGGUGCUCCAUCCCUGUCAAAAGUUAAUUAUCGGGAGUGUCAAGUGGCUCUGGAUAAGGAGCAGAACGCACAAACAACUCCUCGAGAACAUAUAAGACAAGAAAUCGAAGAUGAAAACCAGAGAACAUUUGAGAAGAUACUCAAAAUUAUAGAAGUUGUUGGAGAGUUUAUCCUCAGAGGAUUGGCCUUGUAUCUCAACAGCAAAGCUUCGAGCUCAGCCUACAAACCUUAA